UUCAAAAAUCUUCUCCCGCUACAUAGCACGGCCUCUUGUCUCCCGCUACGUGGGAGCAAGACAAGCAGAUUUUUGCUUCAUGUCUCCCUGGUUGGAAGCCCGAGUUAGUGGUUUAUUUAAAUCUCAACCUUGGCAGGUUUAAGAUCUCUGGCUGGGCAACUCUGGGCGUCGAAAUCCAGAGAUCUUCAAAUUGUUCAGGUGGAGAAACACCGCUCUAAAGAUCUGUCCUGCCCUCCUCUUUCACAGCGCCCGACCUUCCCAUUCUGGAGAAGAGGAACUGGCUGAUCCACCUGUACUACGUGCGCAAAGAUUACGAUGCAUAUUGCCAUAAAAGAGCAACUGCAGGAAACCCAAGGAAUGUGUGAAUAUGCCGUCUACGUUCAAGCUUUGAUCUUCCGCUUGGAAGGAAAAAUCCACGAAUCUCUGGAGCUUUUCCAGACUUGUGCUAUUCUCAGGCCUCGAUGUGCAGACAACCUCAAGCAGGUGGCCCGCUCCCUGUUUCUCCUGGGCAAGCACAAAGCAGCUAUUGAAGUCUACAACGACGCAGCUCAACACAACGAGAAGGACUGGGAGAUCUUCCACAACUUGGGAGUCUGCUACAUGCAGCUGAAAUAUUUCAACAAGGCCAAAGAUCAACUGAACAACGCCUUGCAGCUCAACCGCCAUGACCUGACCUACAUGACUCUGGGGAGAAUCCACCUGAUGGAAGGGGACAGAGACGCAGCCAUUGAAAUCUAUAAAAAAGCAGUGGAAUUCUCUCCUGAAAACACAGAACUCCUUACAAUUCUGGGCUUGCUUUAUCUUGAGCUUGAGGUUUAUCAGAAAGCCUUUGAGUACCUUGGAAACGCCCUCACCUUUGAUCCCUGCAACUAUAAGGCCAUUUUGGCAGCUGGCAGUAUGAUGCAAACCCACGGGGACUUCGACAUGGCUCUCAGCAAGUACCGCAUCGUGGCUUGUACCGUUCCUGAGAGCCCCCUGCUCUGGAACAACAUCGGGAUGUGCUUUUUCGGCAAGAAGAAAUACGUGGCGGCCAUCAGCUGCCUGAAACGGGCAAACUACCUCGCACCCUUUGAUUGGAAGACCCUGUACAACCUGGGACUGGUCCACCUGACCAUGCACCAAUACGCUUCUGCCUUCCACUUCAUCAGCGCAGCGGUCCAUCUCCAGCCCAAGUUGGCAGAACUUUACAUGUUGUUAGCAGUUGCCUUGACAAAUCUUGAAGAUCUUGAAAAUGCGAGGCUAGCGUAUCAGAAAGCUUCGUCCCUGGACACGGGCAACCCACUCAUCAGUCUGAAUUACGCAAUCCUGCUAUACAAUCAAGGAGAUAAGAAGGAGGCUGUGGCUCAGUACUACGAGAUGCAAAGAAAGGUCCAUGCGUUAAAAGAGAGCACCCUGGAUUUUGACCCCGAGAUGGUGGACAUAGCCCAGAGACUGGGCUCUUCCUUACAGCUUGGAGAGGUUGCAAUCUGGGCUAAACCUGGUAGAGACUCAAAACCGAAGGCACGAGGGGCUGCUGCACCCAGCACCCAGCCACUGGGUUCCAAUCAAGCUCUGGGGCAGGCAAUGUCUUCUGCGGCUGGCUACGCAAAGACCAUGAGUCAAGUUAUUGGAAGCUCGACUCAUCCGGCCAAGGUUCCUUCCUUACCUUUGGAGCCUAAACCCAACCAACGUCCCCUUCCUGAGGAGCUCUCAUCUACUCUAAAACCACAGGAGCAAAUUCAGCCCAUUGAACGAGCCGAGGAAUCUUGACGAGACGGCCAACUUGGAACGGCUUGUAGAGCAGCCCGUUCAACCUACUGGAUGCAUAGGGACAAGGUGCAUUUGGUAUCCUACAAACUUUGCACCAGACCAAAGAGCGCUGCAGUCCUUUUGGCUCACAAUUAGCUGAGGAGAUUCUCAGAGGUUGUGUUGUUUCCCUUAACAUUCCACACACAUAGUAGGCUAAUGAAAGAUGCCACAAAGAACGGGACGGGGUUUAAGCAGCUUCCCCUGGAAGCUCUUGGCCCUUCAUAACAGGAAGAAAAGUGAGUUUAUUAAGUUUAAAGAAGUGAGUUUAUCUAAGAGAUGUCUCUGGAUUUUGAGAGUAUAAGCCCUUUCUAGUCUAAUAUUUUCAUAGUUUUUAGAUAGCUAGAUAGAAUCCUUUAUUGGCCAAGUGUGAUUGGACACACAAGGAAUUUGUUUUGGUGCAAAUGCUCUCAGUGUACAUAAAAGAUACAUUCGUCAAGAGUCAAGAAUCAUCAGGCACAACACUUAAUGAUAGUCCCGGGGUGCAAUGAGCAAUCAAAUCAUACUAGGAAACAGUCAAUAAAAAUAGUUAGUGAGGCUGAGUUACUUCUUUGGUAACAUUUCGAGCCAUGGUGGCGCAGUGGUUAGAGUGCAGUAUUGUAGGCUAAUUCUGCCGACUGUUAUCAGUUCAAUCCUGACCGGCUCAAGGUUGAAUACGCCUUCCAUCCUUCCAAGGUCAGUAAAAUGAGGACCCAGGUUGUUGGGCAGCAAUAUGCUGACUCUAUAAACUGCUUAGAGAAGGCUGUAAAGCACUGUGAAGUGGUAUAUAAGCUCUAAGUGCUAUUGCUGGUGCAAUUUCUGAACCCACCACCCAACUGUUCUGUUGAACCAGAGGCAUCUAUUAGUAUAUUCCUUAAGCGAAUAACUUUGUUUGGGAUUGUUGAACUUGGAUGGAACCCAGCUGCUUCUGUAGGAUUUCUCUGGUUCCUGCCACUUCUUUGAAACCCUGUGGGAGGAGGAGCAGAUUGAUUUUUCCUUCAACAAUCACUUAGUAGUGGCAUUUACUACUAGAUACGUAGUAGAACUACAUAUGUGCUCGCUUGGGCAGAACAUAAGACUAAAAUUGAGAAGUAUGUAUAUUGGAUGGGUUGUGGAUUCUUUUAUAUAAAUAAACAUGUGAUGAAUUGACUAAAAUCCCUUCUAUAUAUUGCUUUUCCGAUGUUAUUGAACUCCCUUACACCGUGAAUACAGUAUGGUCAUUCGGCUGGUGCACAACCAGAAGUAGCUGUGGGGUACGGAUGUAUGAGAAAUAAGGAAACAAGUGUGGUGCCCUAAUUCCCACCCUUUUGGUACACGCCUCUUCUUGCAUGGAGGCACAAAAGAGGCAGAGCUAGCAGUGUGACGGCAUCUGUUUGGUUGCUUUAAUGAAAGCAUCGGAUCCUUUGGAUGUCUGUCCACACCUCUCAGAAAUAUAAAACGGCUGGAAAACUCAACAGCAAGCAGAAAUUACCCUUGGGGAAAUACACACAUUUGAGCCAGCUAGUGGCACACCUAAAAUUAGUUACAACUGCUUGAAGCAACCAAGAGAAUUUCAUAUAUGUUACCCUGAGCAAAGCUUUUCCUGGGGGAAAUCUGGGACACCUGUAAGGGAAAGCAGAGACCAGACUAUCUUAGGUAUAUUAAAAUCCUGCUUUUAACUCGGAAAAU